CAGAAGCCUCAACACACUCAUUGUGACCCGGUCAAAAAAAAAAAAAAAACGGUGUAUAUGAGCCGGAGCGAGAGAGCUGAUAGGCCCCCCUCAAAAUCAAUAAAACGACUUGUCUUAUUCUCUUACACACGGAACAGUUUGCUUUGCCGCUGUGUUCCAACGGCGGACUGCUUUCACCCUGCCAGUUUCACCCUCACCCUGCUGUACCUUUAAUAACACUGCGUGCAGACUGCAGCAACAGAGCGAGAGAAAGUGACGAAACUCGAGCGAAGGAAGGAAAGACAUGACAAAGACCGUCGCUGCCGGCUGGUGGUGGCGUGAGAAUGGCUCCGUGAGGGGCCGAAGCGAAGAAGCGAGAUUUUCGGAGCGAAGCAGCAACACCGGGCGGCCAACUGGCCGGGAAGGGACACUGACAGCUUGGCGCUGGUGUAGCGCGCGGCCGGCACAUUUGUGGGCGAAUUGUCGAACGAAACGCAUGUGCGCAUCACAUCAUCGCUGGCGUGCAUUGCUCAAUGAGCCGGAAGGACGCAAUCACCGGGCAGGAGCCUUCUUCAUCAUCACCUUUGCUGAUUGAACGCGCGCGUGUGUGUGUGUUGGUGUUUUAGUGUGUGAGUGUGUGUUUCUCAGUGGUGGAGCAUGAGAACGAAGGUUCACCAGAAGGGUGCUUUCCUAGUUGCGGGAAGUUUAUGAGUAGAACUGGAAUGGCAGCAUGGAGAACAACGGUGCGGUGUGGCGCGCUGUGGUGUUGUGCACUGUUCCUGGUGUGUGUCCCGCUCGAGGCGGCACCAAUAGAAUCGUUGGUGGACGAUGUGAACAGUUCACUAGAUCCGGUACAGUGGAAGGAAGCCAUCGGUGAGGAUGUGUACCGGACCAAGCGCAAAUACCGUCCGGAGGAGUGGGCCGCAGCAAACGCCAUCUUGGAUUUGUUGGAGCAGCUUAAGAAUAUUCGGAAUCCACCGACGCGUCGGAUCUUGCCACCUGCGACAACGACGACAACUUCAACCACGACAACCACCACCACCACCAUAUCUCCACCGACGACCACAACCCGAGUGCCACAGAUCAAACCGCGUGCAGACAGAAGCUCGACGCGUCGAGAGGACGAUGAGGUGCCGCAGUUUAAUCCCGACGGUACGAUCAUGCUUCAGCUGCCCGGGAAGCUGUUCGGUAAUGCGACCAACUUUGUACUAGCGGCGGCAAAGCUGUUCGGUGACUUCAUUACGAACACGGCAAUACGCACGGCCCGGUUUAUGCAACUAUUCCAACCGAUUGCGGGUCGCCAUUUGUUCAUUCAAAUACCGACACCGAGCCCGUCGGGAGGAGACAACUGACAAACUUUUUCGGGUCGGAGAAAGAAUCAAAACCCGUUCUAAGAUGCCGCUCGCCCCGUAUCGGAUCGCCCUUACCGGAUGCAGCUCGCUGAUCACGACGACAACAACAAAAAACAGACACGAGAACGAGGCACACGUUUUCUUUUGAGGGAUUGGAAGGAGAUAAAUUAU